GAGAACCGAGGACUCGCUAACGACGGCGAACGUCCUCGAGGGUGCGAGAUACCAGCACCAGCAACACCACCGACGACGAUGAUCGUGACAGGCGGCGAACGACGUACGUGUUGGAGGAGGAGGCGCCGAUUGGUGGUUGGGAUAAUGGUGUCGGCCCUACUGGCCCUAGUCAUCGGUCCUUCGCCCAUUCACGGACACAGGCCAGCACCCAACAAUCCCAUCAUUCUUCAGACUAGCAGCAGUACGACAACAACGCCCUUGUACCUGCACCCGAAUAGUACCGUCCUCCUAAUCAAUGGCAACAACAACAACUAUUAUAACAACAACAUCAACAAUGAGGGUGUGGACGACGGUUACAACAGCACCCUUCAUCAUCACCAUCAUCAGAUGGUCGGUGGUAACAUGACCGAGGAAAAAGCGCCACUCUUCCCCGAAGAUCUGUUUACCAUCCGUCAGAGACGCGACGGUGCCGUGAUACUUCACGUAAUCGGUGUUGUGUACAUGUUCGUCGCUUUGGCGAUCGUAUGCGACGAGUUUUUCGUGCCAUCGUUGGACGUGAUCAUCGAGAAACUAGAAAUCGCGGACGACGUGGCGGGUGCUACCUUUAUGGCGGCUGGCGGUUCCGCGCCAGAACUGUUCACAUCGAUAAUCGGUGUGUUCGUGUCGUUCGACGACGUCGGUAUCGGCACCAUUGUCGGCUCGGCCGUAUUCAAUAUUCUCUUCGUGAUCGGCAUGUGUGCAAUAUUCUCUCGUACCGUGCUAUCCCUCACAUGGUGGCCCCUCUUUCGCGACUGCACCUUUUACAGCGCCAGCCUCCUUACACUCAUAUUUUUCUUCCGUGACAAUUAUAUUUACUGGUACGAAGCGUUGGUGCUCUUCGGAUUCUACCUGGCAUACGUCAGCUUUAUGAAAUGGAACCAACCGAUGGAGAAGUUGGUCAAAAGAGUGUUCUACAGGAAUAAGGUGACCCGAGUUAGGUCCACCGAUCAGCUGAUGCCCUCGCACCAGAGCGCCGCCCAGGCAUUGCAGCAUCCGAACGCGACGAACAGUAGCGAGACGAGCGUGGGUGGCGUGUCGGGUGCAUGCGGAAACAGCGGCAUACCGGUGAGCGGAGAAGCCGGCUGCAGCAGCAGAGGUGGCGGGAGCAGCAGCAGCGGUGCCGGUGGCGGUGGUACGGCCGGACAGGGCUGCGAACAGGGAGGCCACGGUGGUGGUCCCACGUCUCAUUCCAGGGAGAGCCACGCCAAGUUCAGGCACGGCCUGUUACAGCUUAUGAUCCACACAAUCGAUCCGCUCCACGACGGUCAGUCCCGCGCCGGCAAAGUGGACGAGAAAGCGACGCAACUGCACGCGAUAGCGUCGCUGAAGGUGCUAUUGGAUGCGACCAGGCCGCACAAUGGCGCCGCGACGUCGACCGCCGCUCAUUAUUCCGGGACUUGUUCGAAAGAGACGACGCUGCAGCUGCAGGCAAGGGUUCCCAGUGGCACCACUACCACCACCACAACGACCACUACCACUGCCGGCACCACCAUUGGCAUCCAGGAACUUCCGAACGGUGGUAUAGCCGCUGGCCUCGACGCGGGCCUCGACGCGGGCCUCGAAUCGGGAGAGGAAGAUGAUGCUCCAGAAGCGUUGGACAUGGGCUGGCCCAGCAGUCCCAGAAAGAGACUAUCGUACAUUGUAUUAGCGCCAAUUUUGUUCCCUUUGUGGCUCACGUUGCCGGACACGAGGACACCCAGAGGGAAGAAGUUGUUCGCGGUGACGUUCCUCGGGUCGAUCCUCUGGAUCGCGCAUACUCGUACCUGAUGGUCUGGUGGCGAACGUGGCGCGGCGACACUAUUCGCAUACCGCCGGGAGUGAUGGGGGCUGACACUGCUUGCCGCCGGCACCAGUAUUCCAGACCUGAUCAGCAGCGUGAUUGUCGCGCGAAAAGGAGUCGGCGACAUGGCCGUGGUCGAGCUCCGUCGGUAGUAUAUUUUUGACGUUACCGUUGGGCUUCCGGUACCAUGGCUAUUGUACGGCCUGAUCUACGGAAGACCCGUCGAGGUGAACUCGGUGGGUAUGGUGUGCAGCAUAGCGAUCCUCUUUUGUAUGCUGCUAUUUGUGAUCCUGAGCAUAGCCUGUUUCAAAUGGCGAAUGAACAAGGGCCUCGGUUUCACGAUGUUCCUUCUCUACUUUGUCUUCGUCGCCGUCUCGUUGAUGUUCGAGUACGAGAUCCUCGUCUGUCCGGUCUAGGAACCAUCGCCAGCAACAACAACAGCAACAACAACAACAACAACAACGACGACGACGACGACGACGACGACGACGACGACAACGACGAGAUGUCGAAUGAACAAGAAGAGGUCCAAAGAAGAAAGGGUAUACAUAUACGCGCAUUUUACGGGUCUCGUCAUCGUGUCAUUAUCAUCGUCGCGCGUCGUCGUCGGCAUAGUCUAUUUCAGCCGACGCGCGACGCGACGAAGAGAAAGAGAAAAAAAAGAAAUGAAAUAAUCUUCCUCGAGCGCCGCAUCGAAGAGGAACAAACGACAACAACAGCCUUCCCGAGAUUAACUAUCGAAAACUGUUGAUGCACCCAUUCCCCUACCUCGUCCCCUAUAAGAAACCCUCGUUAACCCUUUUAUCCGUCGCCGAUUCUAUAUUUCAUGGUUAUACAAGAAAAGAAAAAGAAAAAGAAAACUGAUACACAGCUGAGGUCAGCGUUUACCACGGCGCUUUUUCGUUCUAGAUACGUAUGUAAAUACAAUAUAUUAUAGAAAACCUUGAAAAUACCUGAAACAAAAUACUCAUCUCGUUUAAGAAUUAAUUAGACGCAGCGAGUGUGUCGGCCAAUCGUGCCAACGAUCGGAAUUACAUCCACUUUAUACAUAUAACGUGAAAUCUUUCUUGCUGCUACCAAUUCGACUUUCUCCCUUUUAUCUCUUCUUCUU